AUGGUUCUCAGAAUCUGGACCGAGGACAGUGAGAGCAUGUUCCCCUUGAGUGCCAAGUUUGGGGCUCCCUUGGACAAGUGUGGCCAUCUGCUGAGCAUUGCCAAGGACUUGGGAGUGACUGUGGUUGGAAGCGCUUUCCAUGUGGGUUCUGGCUGCCAGACCCCAGAGAGCUUCCACCAGGCCAUUGCAAAUGCCCGGCGUGUAUUUGACUUGGGCCUCCAGAUGGGGCACCCAAUGGGAUUCCUGGAUAUUGGAGGAGGCUUCCCAGGCCAGAAGAAUUUUGUACCUACAUUUGAAGAGUUAGCAGCUGUGAUCAAUAGAGCCUUGGACCAAUAUUUUCCAGAAAGCAGUGGAGUGAAGAUUAUAGCUGAACCUGGUCGCUACUAUGCCAGCAAAAUGUGCACUGCUGUCCUCAAUAUCAUUGGCAAGAAGAAUGUGGUGGGAAAAGAAGGUGGCAGGAAACUGAUGUAUUAUACCAACGAUGGUUUUUAUAACUCUUUUGCCCUUAUGCUGAGGGAGAAAGAAACAAGGAUACCACGUGUAAUGAAGAAGUUCAAUUGCAAACCAUGUCUUUAUCCUUCCACCCUGUGGGGUCCCACGUGUGAUGCCUUUGACCGUCUGGGUCCAACAGAAAUCAUGCUGCCUGAACUUCAUGUGGGUGACUGGCUGGUCUUUGAAGACAUGGGGGCCUACACCCGCACCAUAAAUUCCACUUUCAAUGGUUUUACACGACCUGUGAUGACUGUCACCAUUCCUUCUGAGCUACACACCACCAACAGUGGGCAGAUGGGGGCAGCAGCCACCAGCAAGCUGUCCUUGCAGUUCUCCAGAACUCCACCCCAAGCCAGACCAACCCAGGACGCUCAGGGGCCUCAACCUUUCAAGAAUAAGCUCAGAACAACUGCCAUUCUCUCCAAGAAGGAAGCUGGGUAA